GUUUCCAUGUAAAGCAAAAGGAAUCGGAGAAGCAAAGCAAAGGAAGAGAAGAGAAGAGAAAGAGAGAGAGAGAAGAUGGUGAAAGAGGAGGAGAUCAGGAAGGGACCAUGGACAGAACAAGAAGAUGUACAACUGGUUUUCUAUGUGAAUUUGUUUGGUGAUCGGAGAUGGGACUCCAUAGCAAAAGUUUCAGGCUUGAAAAGAACAGGAAAGAGUUGCAGGUUGCGUUGGGUCAAUUACCUCCACCCGGGUCUCAAAAGGUCCAAGAUGACUCCCCUUGAAGAACGCCUUGUCUUGGAACUUCAGUCCAAAUGGGGAAAUAGAUGGUCAAGAAUUGCUCACAAGUUACCGGGGAGGACCGACAACGAGAUCAAGAACUACUGGAGGACUCACAUGAGGAAGAAGGCUCAGGAGAGGAAAAGGGCCAUGUCACCACCUUCAAAUUCAUCUUCCUCGGUCUCAAACAAUCCUCCGGUGGACUCGAUGCCCUUCGUGGAGACCAAGGAACGAAGCUUCUACGAUACCGGUGGGGAUCAUCAUCAGAUGUUGACUCCAAAGGGAAUAAAUAAGGGUUUUGAAGAGGGAGAGAGUACCGAAACAGGGUACUCCAUGGAUGACAUAUGGGAAGAUAUUGCUCUAUCUGAAAGCAACACGAUGAAAACAGUUUGUGAAACAAUCAUGGCUUCUCCAAUUUGGAACUACUGUCCUCCUCCUCCUGACAUGCUUUGGAUGAUGGAAGAAAAUAAGGAGAGUAAGAUGUUUCCCGCCAUAACCGAUCCAUUUUUUGCAUGUUAUGAUCAAGAGAGCUCGAAUUUAACCGGCUAAUUAUCAUAAUUUUUAUUUAUUCAAAUUUGUUCAUAGAUGUAAAAUAGUCUCGUAAGGAAGGUCUUUAAUUUGGUUGGUUCUCCCAAAAUCAUUGUAACCAUCUCAUGCAUGUUGUAGUAGUCUGUGUGUGUCUGUGUCCUUGUGUGCGCUCUAACUUUCUCUGAAGAUAGAGAUAGCCUAAAAACAUGCAUCUUAAUGCAUGUAAUGUACAAUACAAGUUUGUGUUCCUUUUUCAAAAUGUCAAUAUGUUCUAUGCCUUUAAAGA